AUGGAAUCGGAAGACAAUUCGGAAGAAACGUUGGAGUUACUCCGCCGAUGGAACAUUCCGGCGAAUCCACCGGAGAAGAUCAUCGACUCCCUCUUGGUUGGGCCAUGUAGCAGACCGAUUCGAAAGCAAUUGACCAAGAGCGACGUAAACGGAGAAGAGCUGAUGUCAGCAAUGAAGAAGAAGUUUCUGCCGCUGCUCGAUGAAUCAGAGAUUCGCCGCCACGGGAAGACUGUUUCGUUGUACGGACCAGACGGGAAGCUUCUUCAUGAUACGGAGACGUGGAUUACAGAUUCGCUUGUUGAUUCGAUUGCGGGAUGGAGGAAAUUCGUCGGCGAUUAUGAGCUCAAGGAGAAUUGCGAUUUCAUCACUGUUUGGAUGUUUAUCCACGAGGAGACUCAUGAGAUUUGCUUCGCGAUUGAAGUCAAAUCAAAGACAAAGAGGCUACUUUAG